AUGGACGCCGUCGCGGCGCCCCCCGCGGCGUCGGCGCCUGCGGCGACGCUCGACUACGCCACCCCGGGCGCGCGCGCGACCGCGCCCACCACCGAGCUCCCGCGGGCUGGCGACGACGCCCCCGCGCCAACCUCAGAUCCUCGUCCGACGACGUCCGGCGCGGCGUCGCUGCGAUCGGGUAUGGAGACCGGGGACGAGAGCGACGACGAGGACUUCGACCCGAACGCGCGGAGCCCCGGGGACGACGGCAGCGACGACGACGGGACGACGCCGGAGAAGGACGACGACGACAGCGACGACGACGACGACGACUCGGACUCGGACUCGGACGCUGAAGAUUCCGACGCCGAAGCGCGACGCACGCUCCUCGCGACGCUCCCGCACCGCGACGCGCCGACGCCGGCGGGCUCCGAAGGCGGCGGCGGUGGCGGCGGCGGCGCCAGCGCCGCGGAGACGGAAGACCUCGUGGACAGCGACGAGGAGGACACAGACUCCGACGACGACUCGUCGUCCGACGACGAUUUAGAAUCCGUCUCGCUCGUCCCCGAGGACUCCAACGCGCUCGACGCGUCCGUGAGCGCCCGCCGCGGCGCGCGCGACGACGACGACGACGAGACCGCGGACGACGCCGACGGCGGGGUCACCGCGAGCGCGGGGGCGACGCCGUGCACGUCGGCGGUCGCGCGCGCGGCGUUCAGCGGCGUCGGCGAGGAGGUCACGUCCCCCGGCGGCGGCGGCGGCGCCGCGCAGUCACUGAAGCGGCCGCACUCUGGCGCGCGCGACGACAGCGACGGCGAGACCUCCGACACCGGGAUGAUCGCGAAGCGGACGCGCGCGCACGUCAACUUGCACGACGUGGACGUGGACUACCUCGAGAAGAUGAUGCCGUUGCCCGCGGACGAGGACGCAUAUCAGUUUUUCGACGACGACGAGGAGUACGCGAACUUUCUGAGCGCGAUCAGUUUAGAUUUCAACGUCCCCGCGCCCGGUGAGGGCGGCGGCGGGGACGACGGCGACGACGAGCACGACGAUGAUGACGAUGACGACGACGAUGACGACUACGCGCUCGUGGACCCGAAAGCCGCGCGCGUGGAUCGGAGACUCAAGUCGCUGAACGAGCUGCAGAACCUGCCCCCCGCGCAGCGGCGGACGAAGCACCGAAAGAACGAGCCGUACGUGUACAAGCCAAAGUCGGAGAGGCCGCAGUACAAGGAGCGACCGAUAUACAGCACCGUGCGCACGCGGAGGAUGCUGCGCGUCGCAGCGGAGCAGAGACGCGACGCCGCGGUCGCCGCCGCCGCGGGCGCGGCGUCGCUGCCGCGAGGCGUCAGCGGCGGCGACUUCUCCCCUUCGCAGAUCGGCGCGUUGCACGGGAUGGUCCACGAUCACGUGCAACUCUUGCUUCAGACCUUCGCUCGCACCGCGUGGAACCCCGCGCCGGAGAUGCAGCAGGUCGCGCGGCAGACGCUGGACAACAUCAACGCGAUGGUGUACCUCACGACGUCGCGGCUGCAGGCGAAAUCGCAGC